AAAAAGGGGCUUCGCCAUUCGAGCAACAGUGCAGUGUUAACGAAAAGCUGAAGGCGAAGCGUUCAAGCGACGUAAAAGAGCUAAAAGUUCUAAAAGUGCGACUACCCUAUAAAAUUUAUUCAAAAUGUCUCUAGUGCCAUUUUUAUUCGAUGAGCCUUUGUAUCCAUACAUCCGACCAUCCAGGAUACUAAACCAGCAAUUCGGUCUGGGGCUAGCUGAUGACGAUCUAUUCCAACCACUUCUUUUGAAUAAUCGGCUGCUGGCAAGGACUCCAGCAGGAUACCUGAGAAACUGGCACUCUCAAGCCGCCGCCCAAGACACUGGAUCGACCAUCAGUAUGGAUAAAGACAAAUUUCAAGCCAAUCUCGAUGUGCAGCAGUUUAAGCCUGAGGAGAUUACCGUUAAGGUUACGGGAGAAAAUGUAUUAACCAUUGAGGGUAAACAUGAAGAGAAACAGGACCAGCAUGGCUAUAUCUCAAGACACUUUGUAAGGAGAUAUGUUGUUCCAAAGAGCUACGACAUUGGUAGGGUCGAAUCCAAAUUGUCUUCGGAUGGAGUCUUGACUAUUACGGCUCCUCCCAGCAGCACAGAGGCGGUGGAGCACAAGUCUAUUCCUAUUGCUCAAACGGGGGAGCCUGCUAAACAACAACAGGCAGUUGAACAGAAAAAAUAAAAAUAAUAACAUUUCUGUUUAAUUUUUGCAUGUAAUCCUACACUUGUAGGCUGGAGUAUUUUCUUAAGUUUUUAUUAUGAGGAUUCAUUUUGUAUUAGUAAUUAUACAGUUUAGGUCUAGUUAAUGUAAUUCUGAAUCAAUAUUCGAUUUUGUUCAGUAGCAAAACGCUUUGUAGUUUGUAAUUACAAUGUAUUAUCAAUAAAUUAAUAUUUCUAGUGAUAAGUAA